AUGAAAUUUUCUUUAGCUAUUCUUGCAGCUGCACUUGCUUCCACAGUUGUCUGUUCUGAACAAGAACAAGAACAAGAAGAAGUUUAUAUCCCACAAGAAGCCAUUGGCAUGGUAGUUCCACUCUAUGACAAUGAAUACCCAAUGCUUGCCAAACAUGGUGACCAAAAUGCUAUCCUUGUCGUUAAUGGAACCGCUUUGCAAUUGGCAAACAAUGAUCUUGCCAAGAGAGACGCUGACGCUAGACCAUUCGGUUUCCGUUGGACCAGAUAUGGUUGGUUUGAACCAUUGGCUAAGAGAGGUGAAGACGAUGAAGAUUCUCUUGCCAAAAGGUCUGCUGAUGCUGAAGCUAGACCAUUUGGAUUCCGUUGGACUAGAUAUGGUUGGUUUGAACCUUUAGCUAAGAGAGGUGAACAAGCUGACGAGUAUCUUUCCAAAAGAUCUGCUGAUGCUGAUGCUAGACCAUUCGGGUUCCGUUGGACUAGAUAUGGUUGGUUUGAACCAUUAGCUUAA